GAGAUAUAUAAAAUAAAUAAAAAUUGAAAAUUAGGAGACGUCUCUUUUGGUGGUGUUGGCGCCAGUGUCUAAGCGGAGCAUUUACUGGAACCGGGUCGGGCUAUUCUCGCAAUCCCCCAAUUUGGAUGAAAUUUGCCGACCUUGAUUUCUACUUCUUUGCCACCGUCCUGUCCCAAAUUCAAACAUCGUUUCGAUUCCACCGGUAAACAUGACCACCACAAUGGGUCCUCCGCCGCCGAGAAACUCCACCACCACCACCACCACUCCCCAACCUCAGCCCAAAACCUCUGAAGAGCCUUCAACUUCGGCCCCAGCGACAUCAGAAUUACGCCACUCUUCUAUGCCACCUCCUCCUCCUCCUCCAAAAUUUGCGAUUCCCCGGCCUCCAGAAACCAAAAGCGAACCCCCUCCUCACUCUGACACUUCUGAAUCGGAAUCUUCCGAACUGGAUGUAUCUCCUGCCGAGAAUGUUGAUUCCAAAGAGAGUUUGAGCUCUAGCUCCACAAGCAAAGAUAAAGACAGUAGCCGCGUGAGAAAAGGUUCUAAUGAUAUUCCAGUUCCUUAUACAAUCCCGCCAUGGAAUGGGCCACCUUGCCAUCAAUAUUCUCUUGAAGUUAUCAAAGAUGGCUCCGUUAUUGACCAGUUAGAAGUAAACGAAAAGGGUGCAUAUAUGUUUGGGCGUGUGGAUUUAUGUGACUUUGUGCUGGAGCAUCCCACAAUCUCUCGAUUUCAUGCUGUUAUCCAAUUCAAGAGCAGUGGAGAAGCUUAUCUGUAUGAUCUUGGCAGCACUCACGGUACCUCUAUAAACAAAAAUCAGGUUAAGAAAAAGGCUUAUAUAGAGUUGCAUGUUGGCGACGUUAUACGAUUUGGCCAAUCAUCCCGGUUAUAUAUAUUCCAAGGCCCCUCUGACUUGAUGCCCCCAGAAGCUGACUUGACGGGCAUGCGAAGUGCCAUGAUUCUAGAGGAGAGAAAAGAUAUGGAAGCCUCACUUUUACGAGCAAAAAAGGAAGCAUCUAUGGCCGAUGGUAUAUCAUGGGGUAUGGGUGAGGAUGCUAUUGAAGAAGACGAGGAUGAAGUUGAUGAGAUUACUUGGCAAACUUUUAAAGGUCAACUUACUGAGAAGCAGGAGAAGACACGUGAAAAAGUUAUAAAAAGACUGGAAAAGAUUGCUCACAUGAAGAAAGAGAUUGAUGCUAUUCGGGCAAAAGACAUUGCUCAAGGUGGUUUAACACAAGGACAGCAGACCCAAAUUGCUCGGAAUGAACAGCGAAUAUCACAGAUUAUGGAAGAGCUUGAAAACUUGGAGGAGACCUUAAAUGAAAGCAUCCGGGAAAGUCUUGGUGCCCGUGCUGGAAAGACUACCCGUGGUGGUAAGAGAAGGGGUGCCACAGAAGACGAAGAAGAAGAUUAUGAAAGUGACGAAGAUGAUUUCUAUGAUCGUACUAAGAAGCCACCUAAAAAGAAGGGUGACGAGAGUCAAUCAGUUGAGACUGCUGAUUCUCUUCUUGGGAAGAAAGAAGAUAUUCUUAAAGAGAUGGAAAACAAGAGAAAGUUGCUUCUGGAUGAAGAUGAAAGGGUGCAACCAAAUGAAGCUUCGGGAGAAGGAGAUGCACUUGAUGCAUAUAUGUCUAGUGUGUCGUCUCAGCUUGUUAUUGACAAUAAAGAGAAGCUUCAGAAGGAAUUGACCUCUCUACAGUCAGAACUAGAUAGGGUGUUAUAUUUGCUAAAGAUUGCCGAUCCCACUGGAGAAGCCGCUGCGAAAAGGAGAGAUUCUAAAGCUCAGGAACUAAUACCCAAAAUUGCUGCUCAUGACACCCUCAAACAGCACCCAUCAGUAAAGAGUCAGGACAGCAGAUUGGAGCAUUCACUGAACAAAUCAGGCGAAAGUAAACCCAAGAACCCGGCUGCCAAACCGAGCACUGCCAAUGGAACUGCAGAAUCUAGCCUGAAGGUACAAGGGAGUGAAAUAGUUGCUGAUGCGGUAGAUGAUUCGACUAUUGUACAUACUAUUGUCAAACCUCAGUGGCUUGGUGCCGUUGAGGAUAUGAAAAUGCAAGAAAAAACAGAAGUUGCUCCAGUAGAUAUUGAAGAAGAUGAUAAUUUUGUGGAUUACAAAGAUAGAAAGGAAGUACUUAAAGAUGCUGAUGUCACAGAUGGCACCUCGGGAAUUGAAAAUGCAGCCCCAGGUCUUAUUAUCCGGAAGCGGAAGCAGAAGCAAGUUCAGAAUGUUGACACCAGUAAUUCCAAAGACUCAGAGAAAUCUGAGGAUGCCCAACUAAAGGUUGAAGACACUAUUGCUUUGCUGUUGAAGCACUCCCAAGGAUACCAUGCAUCUGAUGAGGUGGAGCUGCCCACAGAAAAUGUACCCAACAAUAAGCAAGCAAGGAACAAUAAGCAGCAAAAAAAGGUGCUCGGUCCUGAGAGGCCGUCAUUCUUGAGUAACGAACCUGAAUGUGACUCCUGGGUGCCUCCAGAAGGGCAAUCUGGCGAUGGACGCACAUCUUUGAAUGAUCGGUAUGGAUAUUAGCUUCACUAAUUGAACCUGUUCUUUUGGCACUAUGAAUCUUCUGAAGAAUGAUGAUGGGAAGUUACAUGUUUGAAAUCAUCUUUGUGGCUGUUGACGGGAGCUGUGAAACUCAUCAAGAAGUGAUGGCGGUAAACUAUAACAGGGACUAUGCUUGUUUUUGGUUUAUUUAGAUUUUGAAUUUAAUGAAGCCGUGUUAAUUGUAUGUCACAAGUCCCAAAUCCAGCCAAUCUAAAAGUUAGGAGACCUGUGUUGAUGUAAAGAUUCUUCUCUUUAGAGAGGCAACCAACACAGUAGUUGCAGAUUUUCAGUUGAAUGAUGGUCUUAAUAGAUUGAGCGAAGUACAGAGGCUAGUAAUACACUUUCUCCAGGGAAUUCCCCACCACUUCUGUUUGAUACUUCUUACUUCUUAGAUGUGUUCUGAACAUCUAAUCAUCUUGUAGCGCACAGGACAAUUUCCAGUCGAAGAGUUCGAUUAGUACGUGCUGCACAUGUAUCUGUUAUUUUUGGGAUGAGAUUGUCCUCUUGAUUUAGCGAGUCAACAGAGAAAGAGAGAAAAUCCUCUCCAGCAUUGUACAUUGUAAUUGUUCCAUUAGUAAGUAUGCGCUGGUUUUGUCCGGUUUACUUUCUAAUUGUACAUUCUGUAACCAAUGUUGCUUUCUUAGUGCACGUUUUAUACAAACUGCUUUACGUUUUAUAACGAAAGUGUAAUACAAAACAGAUGCAGCUGCACCAUUAUGUUUGGCCAUCAUGACGUCCUAGAGCAAAUGCUGAAUCUCAUUCGAAUUGGUUUUGCUCAUUGGAGAUUAAGAUAAAAAUAAAAAUACAGAAUAUAAGAAUUCUACGCAAACGAAGAGAUGCAGUUUCAUGGUGGUGGGGUUUGAUACACAGAUGAUACUUUUGAUUCUAACAAAGAAACAUAUUUAUCAAGCAUUAUGAUUACAGCUUCAAAAUCAGUUAUUUGGCGCUCUAUUGAAUCAAUCUGCUGAACAUAUUCAUCAAAACCUCCGCUUUUUGACUUGAGUUGCUCCAUGAAAACUCUUAAUCCAGAAGCCACGUCUCCAAAACCUUUGUACUCUUCCGCCACUCUUAAAUUCAUUUUCUCCAAAAGUUCAAGCAGAUUGUUUGUUCCCUGAGGCAAGCAAUCAUAGCGAAGAGAGGAGAACUUAAUUAGUCCAUCUAUCUGCUUUAUAUUCAGUCAACUAGGAUAAACGACGAGAAGAAUUAGGAGGUGCAUAACUUCAUAAACCACUACAAGGUUUGAUAUAUACAAAUCUGAGGAGUUACUCCAACGGCAUCUUUUGUGAAUGAAUCCUGAUCCUUAAAUUGUCAUUUGUUCAAGCAUGGUCAUGUUUCAGAUACCUAAACAAAGAAAGUAAGAAACCAACACUAAUCCUAUCUCUAACUGGCAAAGCUUAUUCUUCUUAUAAGAUUUAAAGGGUUGGAUUACUUCCUUCUUCAUUUAUACAAGCUUAAAUUCAACUGUGAGCAACUAUCUUUAGCUUAAUAGCUUGAAGACGGAAUGAUUCCAUUGUCUUGAGACAGACUGUUAAAUUCAUAGGAUGAAAGCCUAAUCAGAACGAAUCAGCAUUUUCAUUUCUUCAAUUGGAGGUAUAACAUCAGUUAACAAGCCAAAUUUCUCUGAAUAAUGGCUGCUAUGGACAUGCUGUAUGUCUUUAAGUAGACCACAACUAAAACUAUUGUCCACCGAAAGGUCCUAAAGGAGCUUGCAAAGACCAGGAACACAAAGUGUUUUAGAGUGUAAUUAAACCACAAGAAAUUAGUAGCCUAAACUUCAUAGCAGACUUCGAAAUACUCCUAGCUUGAUGACUGAAGAGUUAUCAGUUCUCUUUAUUCUACUAUCCCAACUAAAAACUAUGUGAUAGAUUUACUACAAGGCUAAAAUCGAAAUAUGCACAUGUAACUGUGGUAACAGUCCAGUGAAGGUCCACAGGAAACCUAGGCAGAGAAGACUGAAAGAAAAAGUACGGGAAGAGACACCCAUGGAAUGAUUAUCUCAAAGUGAAGCGCCUAUUACCAUAGCCCUUCUAAUUUCCGUCCGAACAGUCAUGACUCAUGACUCCCCUAGUCCUUUGCUGGAGAACAAUCACCAAAAUCUUACAAUAAAGCCCCAUAGUGCCCUGUUACGUCACGAGGCAUCGAUCCUCACAGUGCAAUCCACUAAAUCAUACACCUUCAAGAACAAGUAUCAUCCCUUCGUACCUCACUAUGGACUUUUAACAACUCAUCUCUCCAAGUUCCCCUGUACACUAGCAAUGUACCCCAUAUUUAUUUCCACAAUAUAUAAUUCAGUGGGACUAGCACCUCUAAAGUCUAAACUAGUAGUAGCAAACAUACAUUUUUUUAAGGAGGUGCUUAAAACUCAUUGAAUAUGAACUAAUUUUUAGAACCGAAGAACUUAACCACUGUGAUAUAAACCCAUUUCCUUCAACUCCCAGGCGGGUGUUGCUCAAUCAUAACUCCCAAAAAAAAACAAAAACAAAAAAAACAAAAAAAAAAAACAAAAAACCUAAUAAUGAUUGAAAAGAAAAUUUACUAUCAGAUACAAAUAAGAAUCACAGAAAAAAAUAAUCAAGGUAGUUUUUUUUCCCUCGACAAAAGGCUCAAACAAAGAAAAUUGAGACAAAGUAAACACUCAAUGAUCAUGGAGCAGUACAAAAUUACACAAUCCAAGCUACUUUUUCUUUUAGUAGUGUACCUGAAGUUCGCCCUUAACCAAGGUCGACACAUUAACGAAGAGAUCGUUAAGAGAUUCCGCCAGCUGGUCCUUCUCUUUCUCUUCCCCCUUCAUUGUCGUCAUUCUCUUCCCGGAAGGAAAUCUGGAGCCGGUGGCUGUACUUGGAGGAGGUCCGGCGCUUUCAUUGUUCAGUUGUCUGAUUUGCCCUUUAUAUUGGUGAAAAAUUAAUUACGUUUGAAAUAGUGAAAAAUAACAGCUCCAAUCCUUCAAUUUAC